AUGCCCUUGGUUCUUGGACCUGAGUUUGAAGUUUUACUAAAUGUUACAAAUUCUCAAUAUAAUCAACAUUUACGAAAUCUUCGACGUCAAAAUGCCUACAAGACAAAACCUUGUCGCAAUUAUUAUGGCAGAGGUUUCUGUAAGUCUGGUGUUAAUUGUUCCUUUUAUCAUGCUAUUGGUGAAAUGCGAGUACCGCCUCAGCAUGAAAUAUCUGGAAAAGUGAAGGGAUAUUCAAUUGACGUUAAAGACUUGUUUCCACAGAUUUUUGGAGAAUUUCACCGUGACAAAGAAAAUCAAGCGCAAUUUGGUUCUUCUGCUGCAAUGCAAUUAGAAAUGGAGAGAAUUGUUGACCGUCUCAUCUCAUCACCAUUUCGUUCCUUUGAACUGUCCUCUUAA